ACCGCCCGAAAUUCCAUUUGUUUGGCAUUUUGGUGAGCCAGUUUAGGGCUAAUAGACGUCGUGGACAAAUUACACAUUUCUGGCAACUAUUGCCGGCAAAUUGCAACACAUUUCCAGGUGAACGUGAAAAACAGAACUGUAUUCUUUCGCCCUCUUCUCCCUGUUCUUGAUUGCCGAAUAAACGCUGCUUUUAAAAUUUCGGUGGCCAAGGAACUCGGAAUUUGAUACGAGAGGGAAUGAGCAAGAGGCCGACCCCUGAUCCUGUGGCGGUACUCAGGGGCCAUCGAGCUUCUGUUAUGGACGCUUCUUUUCACCCUUCUAGACCUUUACUCUUCACUGGCUCUGCGGAUGGCGAGUUGCGGAUAUGGGACACGGUCCAGCAUCGAACAGUAUCAUCUGCAUGCGUGCAUAGUGCCGCUCACGGGAUUAUUUGCGUUGCUAGUAGUCCUUUGAUUGGAGCCAACAAAGUUAUCAGCCAGGGCAGGGACGGAACCGUCAAAUGUUGGGAUAUUGAAGACGGAGGGCUGUCCCGGAAUCCUUCUGUUACAAUCAAGACAAACACUUAUCACUUUUGCAAGCUUUCCCUGGUGAAGAAGCCUUCUGCUCAUGCACCGCAAGCUGAAGGGCAUUGUUAUCAUGAUGAGACGGAGUUUAGGGGAGCCUUUGACUUAGAAAGUCUGGAUGGUAGCAAGGAAAAGGCUGAAAGAGGUCUAACAGAGUCUUCCAAUGUUGUUGGAGAUGCACAUGCUGAAGGACCAAACUAUGUGGCUAUAGCAGGAGAGCAAUCACACGAGGUCGAAGUUUGGGAUCUCAAUAGUGCAGAAAGGCUUGUUCAACUCUCUCAAAGUUCAGCUGGUGGCUCCCCUAACAUUUCUACCAGUGAGAGAGGGAUGUGCAUGGCGGUUCAAGCAUUUUUACCUGCUGAAUCACAGGGAUCCUUAAAUGUCUUGGCUGGUUAUGAAGAUGGAUCCAUGCUUUGGUGGGAUAUACGGCACCCAGGGGUUCCUGUUACUUCAAUAAAGUUCCACUCAGAGCCAGUUCUAAGCAUAUCCAUUGAUGAGUCAUGUAGAGGGGGUAUCUCAGGAGCUGCAGAUGACAAGAUUGUGAUGUAUAGUUUGGAUCAUUCCUUGGGUUCUUGUGUGGGCAAGAAAGAAAUUAGUUUGGAACGCCCCGGUAUAUCAGGCACCUCAAUUCGACCUGAUGGAAAAAUUGUUGCUACAGCUGGUUGGGACCACAGAGUAAGGAUAUAUAAUUAUCACAAAGGAAAUGCUCUGGCAAUAUUGAAAUAUCACCAUGCUACGUGCAACUCUGUUUCACACUCGUCUGAUUCUAAGUUAAUGGCCUCUGCAUCAGAAGACAGGACAGUUGCUCUCUGGGAACUUUACCCUCCAAAAAGUUGAACGGUGCCAGGUAGUUGCUAGAGUUCUUAGUAGCUGAUGUCAUUUCAUGUUCAAUGUGUCGAUUGUCUGCAGGAUACAAGAGUCCAUUCUCCAUAUCCUUCAAAUAUUUUGAUUUUUAUUUUCUAUGAUGACAUCAAGUAUUCGCACCAAAUUGAUGCAAAGGGAUAGGAGAUGCUCUCUUUACUCGUAUACAUGAGAGUUGAUGAGAUAGCCUUCUAGUGCCACAGAGUUACGUAUGUUAGCCCCAGCUGAUUCUCUCUAGUUUUCUUGUCUAGCUAGUUUUGACACCAAGUGUUUCCUGACUUGACAGAUUUUCCCUCCACUCUUUUCUUUGUUCUGGCCUUAUAAUUGACAACGUUUCCCAAACUUCUAUUUAGAAUCACAAGUUAGUGAAUCGUGAUAUAUUUCCUUCA